CUUCCCUCAAAAUAAAACCCGAAUCAGAGCGAGAAAGAGUGAUGGAUGCGACCAACCACGACGACGUUAUCAAUUCUACUACUAACUGGAGACUCGCCGGCGGUUCCCUCACUGACUCCAUCUCCUUUGAGUCUUCCUUCUCGACUACCACCGCAAACCUCGAAUCUGACGACGGCGCCGCCGUCGAUCAUGCGGUCAAGUCACCGCUGCUUCUGCUCCCUCCGAUCACUGAUGCCGAGCCGUGUGAAAUUACCAUUGCAUUUGCACAAGAACAUGAAUUAAGGCAAGUCUAUAUCCGAAGUACUGCACGGGUAUACGAAGUGUAUUACACAAAAAAGCUGGGAGAUGACAAAGAAUACCUGUGUACAGUUCGAUGUGGCAUUGCAAUGAGAGCAGAAGAAGUGCUUCAGAUCAUCCCUCUCACUGAGUCAGCUGCUUCUAAGAAUCAGGUGGAACCGCUCAAGGAUGAUUCGAUAGAGAGGAAGGUAAAAGAUAAUGGCAAUGGACGGACGAACGAAGAUGGUUGGGUUGAAGUGAAAGCUGGUGAUGCUUCUCUGCUCAAUAAUGAAAAAGAUCUGCUUUCAAUGCCACAGUUAGGAAAACAGGAUUUUUAUGAAGCUACUGCAGAGAUCAAUGAUGCUGAACCUUGCAUAUCAGUUACACUCCGUCUUCUCUCCCUUCAGGAUAAAAGAUGUCCACUUGUUGAUGAAGUUUAUGUAUUUGCUGAUCCUAUUGAUCCAAGUGAGUCAGAGCAGGAAGAAGCAAGUGGAACAGGAAAUUCAUCCAGUAGUGCGCUGAUGGCUAUGUUUAUGCCCACUCUUUUACAGCUAUCUCGAGGAAGAGAUGUCAGAAAAGAACAGGAGAGGCAAGUUUCCGACAAGUCCAAUAGCACGAAUCUAGGAACUUUGGGAAAUUCCAAUGAGUCAAGUAAGAUUAUGAAUGCAAUUGAGCAGGAGACAAGUUUGAGUAAACCUGAUCACAUAGGAGCGAGCUCACCAGUUUUAGUCGAUACUCUUGCAAAGCGGGUCGAUGCAGCAACGGGAGUAUCUGAAGCAGAAAUCAAGCCUGCUAUAUCUUGCAGUAAUGUGGAGACUAUCCUGCAUCAUCUUGUUAACAAGGUAAGCAGAAUGGAAACUAUCUUGACAAGAUUUGAAGAUCAGAUGUUGAAACCUAUCAAUAGUAUUGAUGCACGGCUCCAGCUAGUAGAGAAGAAACUCGAACAUCUAGGCAAGAAAUCAUUUGAAUCUGAAUUGCGUGUUGAAACAACGAUACCCAAUCCAAGUUCUCUGGGUAGUGAUACAGAUAAACCUCCUGAAACCGAUGAGUUGGAUAAAAACAGAGAUAAUCCACAAUUGUCCCCUUGUACUAAAACAGUUGUCCCCGACUCCUGUAGUAUAGAGAAAUGUGAAGAUUAUGCUGUUGUGCUACCGAAGAACAGGCUGGAUAGUAGUUUUACAAAGUUUGAAGAACCGGGGAGUGAAAAUAACUCAAUCUCAAGAAAUGAGAUGAUUUCGGCUGAAUCUGAGAUCAGUGAUAAGGAGGUUGGUCAUUCUCUUGGGAGAGAAUCUUUUGAAGAAAAGCCAAAACGUUCAGUGUCUAUAAAUGAUGCUUUAGCAUCUGCACUUGCUGGGUUACUGUCUUCAACUUCAACCACGGACGGAAAAUACAGCCAAGCCCUUGUAGUUACAGCCCCUGAAUUUUCAAAUGAAGAUGACAUGGAGAUGGAAGAGAAACCUCCGACUGGUACCCGUCCAGACAAAAGCCAAGUUGCAGCAGAGGAGUUGGGAAACACAUACUCCGCUUCGGAGAGCCCAACUUCUUCACAGAAAGAGCCUGGGAUUACUCUAUGUGAUGUAGACGAUUCUCAGGAAAUGAAUAAUGGAGUUUCUGGAAAGUUUGGUGAUAAUGCGGGAGGAUAUGCCGAUGCUGAGACAGUGGUUAGCGUUAGGAAUGUUGAUUUAGAUGAAGAAACAGUUUCAUUUAGCACAAAAGCUGAUGGUCACACAGAAAGGGAGAGCCUCAGUUAUGAGCCCAGAAAUCCCGAUACUUUGGUACACGAGCUCGAGAAUCCAAACGUAACUACUGAUUGUGGAAGUUCUAAGAUCUUUGCCACAAAAGAAUGCGAAGAAGAGCCUGAAAAAACUGAUGACGUUUUGAAGAGCGUUCUCGGUUUUCAACCUGCAACUUCUUCGGUCGAUUUCCAAACUCCUGUCCUGGAUGUGAAAUUCAAUUCAGAGGAAAAAGUUUCAGACAACAAGUGUUUCUUUGAGGCACUCUUCACAGAAGAAUGUAAGAAUGUUGUAGAUUGCAACAACAAAGGUUUUGAUGAUAACUUGGUGUCAGUAGAAGAUGAAGAACUAAAAGGCCCACCAACAGAUACUCUUUCGUCUGUGGAGAUGGAUCACUACGAGAUGGACAACGAGUUGCAUCUACAGUUGAAUGCUGAAAUGUCAACAGCAAGUCUGAUAUAAAAAAUGGAAAAACUAGAAAGUCCGCUUACGAUUUCCGUCAAGGUUUUUGCUCCUAAGUUCUUAGUGUCAUAUCUAUCACUCCUUGGUGUUUACAAUGGUUAGCUUGUGAAUGAUGAUAGAAGGUGUAACUUAUUAAUGAUAUAUAUUAGUCAUAUAUGCAAAUAUAAUU